AACUUUAAAGUUGAAGUAAAACAAGAGGAGGGGAGUGAAAUAUGAGUGAUUAACGUUUUUUUCUGUACGCAAAGGGAGUGGUAAAGUUGGGCUUGAGUAAACGAAAGCAGGGUUGGAGCAGGGCCUGCACAGUGUACACUUGCUGAAGCUCAGCUGAGGAGAGACUGACUGUCUUCGUGCUGCCCUUCUCCACACAGCCAUGCGGCGACUUAACCCUAAUCGCGUCUAAUCAUAUCUGCUCUUCGGGCUUUCCAGUAAUUGCGCCGAAAUGUGAGUGAAAUACGAAUCGACUGUAGGAAAUGUAACAUUAAAAGAGAGAGAGAGAGAGAGGGGAAAGCGAGAUAAACGAGUGGUGGAGCUGCGCAGCUUCUGUUUGUGGAGGGAUAAUCAUUCCCGCGUGAGGAGCGAGAAAAGCGAGGUGAGGAGCGACUGGAGGAGGAAAAAGAUCUACUUUACCUGGAGCCUAUGUGGAGAAACGGAGGAGUCCCUCUCUGCGUUAUGAGACGCUGAAGGCGGAGGGGGCUACACACAACAUUACAAUGCGUUUCUUAAGGAGAGCUCUUAUGAACGACAUCCACAUGGAACAAUUCACAUGGGACAAGUCCUUACGUCCGCGACGGGGGAUAAAAAGUGAGGGAACCCAUGCCGGAUGAGUGGGUGGGGGUGGGAGAAAACUUCAGCAAGAGACGCGGAGAGAAAGUGAGUGAGAGAGAGAGAGAGAGAGAGAGAGAGAGAAGAGGGGGAAAAAAAGAAAAAGUGCAGCGAACGGGCUCUCAUUAUUUUCCACCCACUACCCACUCAACUCCAUCGACAGAUGACCCAGAGCCGUGUUUAAACAUAUAAAAGAGCGACUGCUGCCGGCAUGGUGCACUAGAGCUGGGGGACAGUGCUGCAGCCCUACCUGGGAGGGCGAAGUGUGUACUAGUCUGCGCUGCGUUAGUGUUAGAUUCAGUGAAGGCACCAGGGAGGCCAGGCAGGAGCCGGGACAGACGGGUGCUGAGGACGAAACCAGGGCUAGAGGGCAGUGAGGGGGUCUCGCCUUCGCCCACCCUAUCAUUAUGAGGGCACUGCGCUCCCCUGUCUGCGUGGGACUCCUGCUGGUCAUCCUGACUGCUGGCUCGUGCAGGAAAGGCAGCAGAGAGGGCAGUAGUCUCCUGGAACUGCUGAUGGACACUGGCAGAGCAACACGGCAACAGUACGCAGACCAGAGCCAGGCCAGCGGUCAGCAUCCCCCCAGAAGAAACUAUUCCAUAGAGACGGGGGAAGUGAACGAAGUGAACAAGUCUUAUCAGCAUGAUCAAAUACUGGAGGUCUUUCCCAGAGAUCUGCGGCAAAAGGAAAAGUUUCUGAAACAUUUAACAGGGCCUCUCUAUUUUAGCCCCAAAUGCAGCAAACACUUUUAUAGACUAUAUCAUAAUACCAGGGACUGCACGAUACCGGCCUAUUAUAAAAGAUGUGCUCGGCUACUCACAAGGUUAGCAGGCAGUCAGCGGUGCUCCGAGGGAUAGACCUUACAGAGUUCAACCGCCCUGAAGAAAUAAAGAGAACCAUGAAAAAAGUGCCUUGGAGAAGAACAGGGAAAUCAGAUGAACUCAGAAAAUCGUAUUUGUCAUCAUUUUUUUUUUUCUCAAACGAAAUGGAAUAGAUUACUACAUACAGUAUCAGGCCAGUCUUCUUGACCGGCGAAAUUAAUGUUAUCAAUGAACUUUUUGAUAACUCUUAUGGUGCAAGUGAAGACGAUGCUUUACAGAGAAGCAAAACAACAAAUAUCUUGUUGCCAAAAGACUGUGGACAACACAGUCUACUGCAAAUGCUUUUAUGUCGGUUGAUAUGCCUUCACUGGUUGUGUUUCCAGUAGUCUUGGUCAUUUAGCUCGGUAAUAACCAUUAUUUGCUGAAUACAGCUUCUGGUCGGAUACUCUUGACAGCCUCAUUUACACUCCUCAGAACAACCCCUCAAUCCAGUGAGUGAGUUACGAACUGCUUGGUGAAUUCUUGCCUUUUUUUUUUCUUCAAGACAUUUCUUUUGGCGGAGAUUAGUGACGAACAGUGCUGGGCGCAGUUUAUUCCAUGAAAGACAAGAAAAAUCAGCAUUCUUCUGAAAAUGAAUGUCACAUAGUAUGUAAUGUAUUUAUAUAUUCAAGCUAUUGUUAGUUGCUGUUGUCAAACGUAUAAACAUCCCAGCUAGAGUGCAAUAUGUAAAUAUUGUAAAUAUCAGAAAAUAUAUGACCUUUAAAUAAACGUUUGUUAUAUAAUGUA